GAAUAACUUCGUCUCCAAGUUCUCUCUCUCAUUUCCUCUUUCCUCUCCCUUUCCUCCCUAAAAAGUGCGCUUUUUCUUUCUUUCCACUCUCAUCUUACCUAAACCUCUUCUUUAUUCAAAAGAGCUUUUCCAUUCCUAACUUUUGCCUCACCCAAAACCUCUGAUUCCCUACCCCCACACAGAGACACAGAGAGAUUUAUCAUCUACUCAGAUUCUGAGGGAAUGGUAAAAUUAACAAUAAUUGGAAGAGUGAAAGAUGGGGUGGCUCUUGCACAAGGUACAAGGUAUGUGAAUGAAGAGACUGACAACUUGUCAAGUUACAAGCAACAAGGAGAGUUCAUACUCAAAGAAAUCUCAAGAGGGUCAUUGCCGCCUUCAAAGAUGACCAUUCGUGUCGAUCACCAUUGCUUCAACUACAUGGUUGAGAAUGGAGUUUGCUUCAUCACAUUGUGUGAUUCGGCAUAUCCAAGAAAACUAGCCUUCCAUUAUCUGCAAGAUUUGCAGAAGGAGUUUGAGAAGUUUGACAUGAGCCUCAUAAGUAAAAUUACAAAACCAUACAGCUUUGUUAGAUUCGAUGGUAUCAUUGGCAAUGUUAGAAGGCAAUAUGUAGAUACAAGAACACAGGUUAAUCUGUCGAGGCUAAAAGCUAAUCGCCAACAAGAACUAGAUAUCAUGACAGAGGACAUGUCUGAAAUAGUAGAAAGAAGAAGAAGAAUUGAAAUGCUUGAAAUACUAAUGGCAACUCCAAGAAUUGCUUCCCCAAUAUGGGUUUCUCCAUUACUAGAGGUAAUUGCAUUGAAAUGGAUACCUACCACCAUCGUCGUUGUUGCUGCUACUGUUCUGUUAUGGACCAGCUUAGUCCUCACAGAGAACUUCAUGGGAACGAGUUUAUAACAUUGUCAAAAGCAAGGAUUACAAGAACUAUCUACUUUGAGAGCAGUACAGAAAAUGGCACAGCAUGAUAUUAUAGAGUAGCUCGACAGUGGAAAUCGGUUAGUACUUUUAAAAUUUGUUGAAAAGUGAUUCUAUGGAGCUUCCCUACUGCUCUGUGCAACUUUAAUGUAUCUACAUUUCAAUAUAUAUCAAGAAAUUUUCGGAAUACAUGCCUCAUUUUGUGUUCUGCUAGAUUAUGCAAGAGAGCCUCAGCUUCUGACCAUUUCUCAAGUUGAGCUC